GAAGAAAAAACUGGACGAGCUCACAGACCACUCUCUCCUAAGCAGAAUGUGAGGAAGAACCUUGAUUUUGAGCCACUCUCCACUACUGCACUUAUUUUAGAGGACAGACCAGCGUAAGUUUUGGGAAACAUCACAGUGAGGAUCCCUUCAAAAUGGGGCUAGCAAAGCUGCUCUUACAGUGUGUAUUUGAUCUCUCCAAUUCAGACAGAUGAGUUUAAAUUUAAAUACUUUUGUUUCAGGCUAAUGAAUAUGCAAGUGUGAUGGUUAUGGGGAAAAUUAUUCAAACAGAAGUAAUUUUAUAGUAAAAACAUAUUUUGAGCUUUAGUUUUAAAUAACUCUAAACACAAGGGAUUUUUAUUUUCCCUUUGAGAGCAUAAAGAUAAGAAUGAAGCUGAUAGAAGCUACAGAAAUUGAGAAGCAAGGAUACAAUGUCUUUGUUUGCAUGGAGAAAGACCAAACCCAUAUAAAUAAUGAAAUGAUAUAAUGAUUGUUCUGCAGUGGAAUCAGCAUCACGUGAUAAAGGUUGUCAGGAACUCAAGUUCUUUGAUGCUUUUGUUUCAGUAAUGAGAUUAUUGCACAUGCAGACUAACUCUAGAAAGAUUUAUGUGUAGCUGCUUUCAUCGUUUUUUACCCCUGACUUUCAGAAAUUCGGUUGCAUUUGGUCAAUUUAUGGACAGUAUCCAGUCUUGCAGACAUGAUGUCUGCGUUUUUAAUAGAGCAGUGCAUUGGUACAAAGAGCUGGCAUAACAUGGUAUAUGUUUUCAUGAAUAAAUUUACGUGAAAAAUCCUAUCAAACUAGUUUAGUAGUAGGGUCAUUUAAGACACUUUUUGGUUGGCUGGUAGACUACAAGACUUCUCAGUACACCAAAACAACCUUUGAGGGAUUAUUUGUAAUAGUAAGUUUUCUUGUGUACAGCUGGAAACUGUGCAUACUGGCUUAUUUGUUUUAUUAAAACUUGUCUGUUAAAAUCAUCCUUUAUGUGGCAUACUCUGAGACACACAGUAUUCAGCUAGAUUCAAUUAUGGUACAUUACAGGAUAACAUUCAGAUUUUACUUCUUUGCUAAUGUUGAUAAACUGAGGAACUUAUAGCAAAAAAAAAAAGUUUGUUUUUUUGAGUUGUAGACAGCUGAAUCAUGGUUUCUUCCCUCUACUAGAGGAAAUUGAGCAACAGUGCCAUCCUCCAGUGAAUCUCUCUAAGGAAUCUUUUUUUAUUUUUUUUAGUUGGCUUUUUUUCCCCUACCUGUUAGGCUUUAAGUAAUUUCUUGUUGAUUUUCUGCAACAAACAAACAAACAAAUAAAUAGAGACUUCCAAGAAAUGCAGUGAGAUGUUAUUCCCAAAACAGCUACUCUUGGUUUUGGUCUCACUUGGAGGGCUUAGGUUAAACUCUAAGGAAAAAUCAGUUAAUAUUAUGUAGUCUCUUAUGUAACUUUAACUGGACUGUGUUGAAUCUUAAUAGAUGCAUCAUUUCACAUAUAUGAUGGUGUCAUUAAGAGAGGGAACAAAUAAUUCAAGUUGCAAGGUUUAAGUUGGUAGAAUUUGAAUUGUUUCUUCUGGUUUUCCAUUCCAAACUUCUCUUAACUCACACUGUUUAUAAGGACUUUGGAUUUAUGAAGAGGAAACAAUCAACUUACUUGAGUGAAACUGGAAAAAGUCAUUCUUUAUGGGUAACAAUUACAUUAAUGUGCAGAUCAAUUUCUUGUGUUCUUGUUACAGUCUUGAUUCUUAAAAAUAUUCAUAGGUGUGUAGCAUAUGGCUCUGCAUGCUUAACAGGUAAUGUGAUUAUGUAAAUAGUAAAGCAUGCUGCUACUGAUGAUAUCUGUGUUGACAGCUAGAAGCUGCCUUAUGUCUGAGACCUUACAGGAAUACACACAUUAAUUUUUGUGUUUCUUACUUAUUAACUAAAGAUACUGACUGACCAAGAAAUACAAUGCAACGAUCAACAAAAUACUUAUUUAUUGUUCUGAUGUUUUGGUGAUCCUAUAGUUGCAUGAGGUACAUAGUGAUUACGUUAAUUGUUACUAUAAUUUGCUUAAAGUGAAUGUGAUCUGAUACAGGAGCAUGUGUAUUGUAUGGUAGAGGUUUUACUUCAGUCACAAAUAGGAAACGGCUGUGUUGAUCUCAGUGAGUGGAAAAUGCACAGAAUGGCUACUGGUUGUUGCUGUAGAAUUGAGGGGAGGGAGUUAAGCAUUCUAAAGGAGAAAUGGGAUCUCUGAGAACAGAAAGAGGAAGCUGGUGUAGUGAGCCAUUGCUGCAUGAGUAAAGAAAGCUAUGGAUGUAGUCCUUCAGUGAGGAACCUCCCAGCAAAACCAGCAGAAGAAGCUCAGAAACACAGACAGCAGUACGAAGAAAUGGUGGUUCAAGCAAAAAAAAGAGAGCUUAAAGAAGCCCAGAAGAGAAAGAAGCAACUGGAGGAACGUUGUAAGCUGGAAGAUAGCAUUGGCAAUGCUGUUUUAACUUGGAACAAUGAAAUCUUGCCCAAUUGGGAAACUAUGUGUUGUUCCCGUAAAGUUCGAGAGUUAUGGUGGCAGGGCAUUCCACCGAGCGUGAGAGGCAAAGUCUGGAGCUUGGCAAUUGGCAACGAGUUAAACAUCACCCAUGAGCUAUACGAUAUUUGUCUGGCUCGUGCCAAAGAAAAAUGGCGAUCACGUAGCACGGUAGGAGCUGAGGUAGAAUGUGAAGAUGCUGGAUUUUCUACAGCUGACAGAGAAGCAAGUUUGGAGUUAAUAAAACUGGAUAUCUCAAGAACGUUUCCUAAUCUCUGUAUAUUCCAACAAGGCGGUCCUUACCAUGACACAUUGCACAGUAUUUUAGGAGCCUAUACUUGUUACAGACCUGAUGUAGGAUAUGUACAAGGCAUGUCUUUCAUUGCAGCAGUACUGAUUUUGAACUUGGAUACUGCAGAUGCCUUCAUUGCAUUUUCUAACCUUUUAAAUAAGCCCUGUCAAAUGGCGUUUUUCCGUGUGGACCAUGGCCUUAUGUUGACUUAUUUUGCUGCAUUUGAGGUAUUCUUUGAAGAAAAUCUGCCAAAGCUAUUUGCUCACUUCAAAAAAAAUAACUUAACUCCAGAUAUCUAUCUUAUUGAUUGGAUAUUCACAUUGUACAGCAAAUCUUUGCCACUAGACUUGGCGUGUCGUGUCUGGGAUGUGUUCUGCCGUGAUGGAGAAGAGUUCUUAUUUCGUACAGCCCUGGGAAUAUUAAAACUUUUUGAAGAUAUUUUGACCAAAAUGGAUUUCAUUCAUAUAGCCCAGUUUUUAACGAAGCUACCAGAAGACCUACCUUCAGAAGAAUUCUUUACAUCUAUUGCUGCCAUUCAGAUGCAAAGUAGAAACAAAAAGUGGGCUCAGAUACUGGCUGCUCUGCAGAAGGAUAACCGGGAAAUGGAGAAAGGAAGUCCUUCACUUAAGCAUUAACUUUGGCUGCCUCCAGUGACGCACAGGAAAAGAUGUAAAGAUGUAAAGUGGCAAAAGUAUUUGAUAUGUAUGAGCCUGCAAAUCAAAGUGUUACUUCAGAGUUGUGUUCGAUAGUAAGACAGCCUUAACAGGGAGAGAGGGGAGGGGAAAAAAAAAAGGGAAGGAAACUGGGAGGUAAAACCUUUGUAAGUGAAACCAAGGCCUAGCCUUAAACUUCUAGUGGAGUGAGUGCUUGCUGUGGACAGCAAUACACAUUCAUAUGUCUGAUGAGGGCAGUUAAACGAAACUGUAUUAAGGUUUCUUUAUUCUUUCUCACUGAUGUUUUAUAAACACUGGGCAUUCAACGAUGUCAGUUGCUUUGAAAGCCAUUCCCUAGUUCUGUUCUUAGGCAGGAUAUACACUUCCCAUGCCCAGUAGCUGGAUCUGGAUUUUAAAUAACUGGUGCUGGAAUUUAAAUGAUGUAAGGACCAUUCCUUUAGAAAUGGUUUUUGUUUUAUAGGCUGUGGGUCCCAUUUACCAAAGAAAUCAUGUAGAUAUAGAACUACAUUCCAUUCUUUAAGAAAAAAACAAGUCAAGAAAGUACACUUGGAAGAGGAAUGACACUAGCAGUGUAAAACCAAUUAUUCUUCAAGAUGCCUUGGAAAUCCACGUUCGUAUCUGAGUAUACAUGGCAAAAGUUCCAUUAAUUUGGCUAGAUAUCAAGCUAAGCAGGAGUGGGUAUAGUAUUAAGCUGGCAUUAUUUCCCAGCUGUACUCUUUCCCUGUUUAAACCCAGGGUCACACAGUACUAAAUGGAUGCUUCUGUGUCUCUUCUGGGGCAGUGCCAUUUCAGGGCAUUCUUGCCUCCCAGCUUCUGACUUCUGUGCCAUCUGUCCAGUUGUGCUCAUAAAACUGGGCUGAGCAGAGAAAUUGAGAAAUGGUAAAAAGGAAUUUGUACAGCUGUUUUAAACCCAGCUCUGCUCACUGGCAAAACUGAGGAGGAAAGGUGUAGGGUAGAAGUUACAUAAGCCAUCACUGCUGUUGAAAAGAAAAGCCUGUGGGGAGCUCUUGAAGCUGCUGCUGCCACAGUGGAAAAGCCCGUGUGGAGUUGAACUUGAUGAAGUAAUGAGGGAAAGAAGUUAACUGGGAAAUAUGCCAGACAAAUACUAUCAGGACAAGUUCAGGCUGUCAUUGCCUGGCAUUUUAUGAAGCCUCUUAUACAUGGGAGCAAGUUAGAGAGAGAGCAGACGGCCAUUGCUCAGUUGUCAUACAGAUUGGAUUCCCUCUGCAUUCAGAUGAAUGUUGAACUGUAAAGCAUAGGUGCCUCUGAUUUACAAAAACGGUGAUUGUAGAGUGCAAAAUCUGUUUUAUAAAUAAUUAUUACCAUUGAAAAGGGAAACUAACUGAAGCAAUACUCGUUGACUCUAAGCAGGAAUUACUAAAUCCUUCAGCUGUAUGGCCAUAGGUUUCCCAGAGCUUUUCAUCCUGUUUUGUGCUGAGCAUUUUGGCACUGGCUGAUUUAAAAAAAAAAAUAAUAGUUGCACACUGCUCAACUCAGCAUACAGUGUGAGGACUGUGGGACACGAUCAAAUUACUGUCCUUUAUUACAAACAUUGUUUCUACAAGUGAUACUUUGACUGUAAUAUUAAAAAGAGGGAAAGGAAGAUUUCUUGGUAGGUCUUUUAAGACUCAUAAUCACUUUGGAAUAUAUGUAAUGCAAACGCAGCUUGCAUGUCUGUUACCUCAUUGGCCUUUUUUCCUGUCCACUUUGUGUACCUGGCAUAAUAGAUGUGGGUUUUUUUGGUUGGCCAUCUGAGUUUCUUCAGAAGACUUCUUCAGGUCAACACUUACUGAAAACAGACAUCAGGAUGCUGACAUUGAAAACAUGUUAAUUCUCCCAGGAUUUGUGUAUCUGCAUAGACUGGUACUUGUAUGCUACGUUGCUUUGAAGUGCAAUAGAAAGCUGGAAGGUCAGUAAGUACUACAGCAAAAACGCCUUUUCAUGAAAGGCAUGAGAGGCCUAACAUCUGCAACAUUUGCACUAUGCUUAGAAGUGAGUUAUUAAACACACAGACAGCUCUCCCCAGUAUACUUUGUAGGUGGUACUGUAACGGGCCUUGUGAGUUUAGUCUGCGUUGUAACCAGGUGUGUAUUUCUGUUCAAACCAAGCUGUCAGUGUGGUUGGAAUGCGUUCUUGAGCCACUGGGUUUUUGUCUUAGCCAUCUGCAGCCUGUUCUCAAAAACACAUUGAAUGUAACAGUGAAAAUAGGCAUAGUUGUGAGAAAAGGCCUGCUGCAACACUCGUGCACUGUUUGUUACUUGCAAAUGCAAUUAUUUUGGUCUGUGAUUCGAUCUUUCUGUUCUUAGGAGAUGUACAUAUUUUCUAGAUGAUUUCUUUGUGUAUAUAAGGUAUGUUCUUUAAUGAAGAAAAGCAAUGCAAUAAGGAGGAGCUUUGCACAGUUUAUUUUCAAACAAAAUGCAUUUGAGGAAAAAAAAAUGGCCUGCCUAAAGAUGCAAUUGUUCCAACUCCUCAGUAACUUGAUUUGAAGAUCACACUUGAAUUUUGAUAUGAACAGAGAUGAGUUGUAAUGGUUUAGGAUUACUUGCCACCAAGCUUCUUAAGUUUCCUGCGGCAUACCAAAUCUCUUAAUUAUUAAGGAAGGUUUCUGUAAUCAAUUCAGGGAUCGCAUAAAAAAUUCUGACAAUGUUACUGUUCAGGUGCUCCAAGGGUAUCUGUAACAUCAUGCGUCAGGUGUUCUCUCAUUGAAGUGUCCCCAUCACAGCAGACUAUUUUUCUUCAUGGGUUUAAGGAAAAAAAAUGCUGCAAUACACCACGGUUUGCCACUGUCACUGUACGUACAGCAGAGCAGAGAAACCAGAGCAUUUCCACCAGGUUUGGAACUUUGUACAACCCGCACUUUAUUGUAAAGCCGUUUUGCAACCGCCGUCAGCAAUCAGUCAUUAAUGUGUUUCAUUCAGCAAUUCAGUUUCAUUUGGAAAGGUACCUUCUAACAGCUCCGUUUUGAACGUUUUACAGACUAGACACGUAGAGAACCGUUGAUACAUCCUCUGUACAUCAUGUUUAAAUUGUUUUUAUGUAGUUAUCUGUUGGUUUUGUUUAGAUAUGAGUAUCGAACUGGAACUUUUUUCAACUGUAAAUAUAUGGUUUUAUUAAAUAAAGUCAUGUAAAGUUACCUUAA